ACAGGAAUCAAAUCAAUCAUGGAGCAGUUUGUGCCUGCUGAUCGGUCUUUAUCAGUCUGCAGGCGGAUAUGUUACGCAGCGGGACAUUUUCUAAACGACCUGUGCGCCUCCAUGUGGUUCACCUAUCUGCUGGUCUAUUUCCACUCUGUGCUCGGCUUCCAGAGCACCUAUGCAGGUGUGAUGCUGCUGAUUGGUCAAAUAGCGGACGGCGUCUGUACGCCUCUGGUUGGAUAUGAAUCCGACAGAACACCGGGCAUCUACGGCAGGAGAAAAUCCUGGCAUCUGCUGGGAACUGUUUGUGUUUGUGUAUCUUUCCCCUUCAUUUUCAACCCCUGCCUGGCCUGUCACGACAACGCUCCUCAGUGGGCUCAGAUUGUUUACUUUUCCCCCUUCAUCAUCGUCUUCCAGUUUGGCUGGGCCGCCACUCAGAUCUCGCACCUCUCCCUCAUCCCAGAGCUGGUGUCCACUGAGAGCGGCAAGGUGGAGCUGACUGCAUACAGAUAUGCCUUCACCGUGGUGGCAAAUAUCACAGUGUAUGCUGUGGCCUGGCUGCUCUUUCACUUCCAGGCUCAGCACAAUGUGGACCCCUCCAUCACAGACGCCGCCCUGGGCAAGGUGGACAUCCCUCUCUUCAGGACGCUGGCCCUUAUUAUGCUGGGUACUGGAGCUUUAUUCUCCCUGAUAUUCCACGUCGGCACAAAAGAGAAUGCAUCAACCUCAGGGACAGAGCGUCAGCUGAUCACACCUUCCACCUCACAGGAAGCGUUGCCUCGUCCUGUAUUUCAGUGGAACAACUGGCUGAAGGAGCCCUCCUUCUACCAGAUGGCUUUCCUUUAUAUGUGCACAAGACUAAUAGUCAACUUAUCUCAGACCUACAUCUCACUUUACCUCACCAACUCAUUGAUGUUACCAAAGAACUUCAUUGCCAUCAUACCUCUUGUGAUGUAUGUCAGCGGCUUUGUUUGCUCUCUGGCCAUGAAACCAGUCAGCAAGCUCAUAGGAAUCAGUAUUACCUAUUUGGCCGGCCUGUUGUUGGUGCUUGGCUUUGCUACCUGGGUGUUCGUGGACAAGAACAUUGCAUCUGAGAGGAUCUAUGGAGCAGCUGUGGUGCUGGGAAGCGGUUCAGCCACAAUCCUGGUCAUGUCUUUGUCCAUGACAGCCACACUCAUUGGGGAACAGACGCAAAGUGGAGCCUUUGUUUAUGGGUCGAUGAGCUUCACAGACAAGGUGGCGAAUGGCGUGGGGGUCAUCCUCAUCCAGAGCUUCAGACCAUGCAGCACAGACGCCUGCUGCCCAGACUGUGUUUGGUUUUAUCGUGACGUCAUGGUGACAGUAACUGGGGGCGUGGCUGUAGCUGCAGCACUUUGCCUAUUCACAAUUCUAAUCUGGCCAAUCAGGAUACAGAACAGUUAGGGUUCAAGAUCUACACUACAUUCAUUGGGUGUUAUUGUCUCUCUCUCACACACACACCCGCACAGACAGAAAACAUGUCAUGUCAGAGAUUUAAUAACCUAAGGUAUUAAGUCAGAGGCAGGUGUGUUUUGGAUUUCUCUUUAGAUUUAGCUUAUUUUCUGUUUAAACCAACUCAGCUGGAUACAGAGCACACUGGUAUUUAAGCUCAUUAAGGAUCAUGCCUUUCUUACUAAUCUAUAAAAAUAUUUGGACAUAAUUUACUUUGAUUAAAUAAAUAAAAUAAAUAUUUUGUCAUUUUGACUUCUGGAAAGGAAAGCCUUUGUGGCUGGACAUGGGGAAAUGGUGCAGAGAAUAAAGCCAUGCUACCACCUAGUGUAUGAACAUGUAACUACACUGCUUUCUUCAAAUGAAAUUAAAUCUCCACCUCAUAGGUGAAGGUUUUGACCAGAAAAAUGUCUUUAAAUUGAUUUAGGUACAUAGAAGAAAUGUAAGAAUUGAAGUCACAAACUCAUAAAUACAACAUGUUUCAUAUAGAUAUCUAGACAAACUCAGUCAAUGGCAACUGGAUUUGCUUUAGAUGUUGCCCUUAACUCAGCAUUUCUAAAUAUUCCAUGACCCGGACGACUCACUAUCUUCACAGACAUUUCAUAUACAUGAGACGCAUUUUUGUAAUAUAAUGUGAUCCGGCCUCUGACUUGGCUUUCUACUGUGAAUGAAGCCAAAUGUUUUCAUUGACCUGGCAGGGAUUAUGGCGCUGUGCCAAGGAAAUGAACUGAGUGAACUUGAUUUCUCUUGCGUGAGUUUGUAUGUGAGACCGUAAGCAUGAGAGGUAAUACAUUCCUGACCCUUAUUAUUUGCACCACACAAAAUGACCCAAACAUUGGUUGUUUGGGAAAGUAAAAUGAAAAUAUACCACACUGUAGACAUACAGUAUAAUAAAGUUGUAGACAAUUCCUGACAUGUAUAUUCUUUAGCUCUGUUUAAAACAGGGACAACAUUAUAUAAGAUUAUGCAUCCAAGUGGCUAUCACGUUUAUAUUUGAUGCAUUAAAAACAGUAAUAUCAAGUUAAGGGUAUGUUUUCUACAAAUUCUAUAAAUGGGUUUUAAUAAACCUUUUCUGACGCUAUUAUGAUUGUAUCUCAGAUUCUCCAGUGGAAUCAUAGAGUACUUCUUUGACCCAGAGCUUUAACGAGGAAGGUUUCACUGACUUCCAGUGAAGGAGAAUUAGACUUCAGGCAAGCAACAUCACAAAUGCUAUAGCAUUUUCCUGGAAACAUAGAAAACUGAAUUCUGUUUGAUAAUUUUGUUUAUUCCAUCAUAAUGUUGCAUUCUUUUAAAAUAUUAAAUCACUUAAAAAUGUGCA